AUGGCAGGUAAAGUCCAAUAUACAUUCUACGGAGCUUGCGGGAAGUAUACACCUUGUGUGGGAAAGAAAUUGAAAGACUGGAAGCAGACGCGUACCGCUGGCCCUUUUAAGCUGGGAGCGACUGCAAAAGUCAAUGUUGAACGUGAAACUAAGAAUCAAGACAUCCUUUUCACUAUUGUUGAUACUUGGAGCCCUGCGGAAGUAUUUGAAGUCCUUGCUGAUAGUCAGCCAAUUGGGAAGACCCAUGGGCCUUUGACGUUGCCAGAAAACGAAAUGUCUAGUAAGGAUCACUUGCUUGGCUGGGGCAAACUGGAAGUUAAACAUGGGGCUCAAUCACCUUACGUGGGCAUCUCUCAUGGAGCGUUCUGGGGAACGUUCAGGAUUCCAAAAGGCACCAAGCUUGUCACUGUGAAAUUAGUUGACGCUAUCGAAUUAGGCAAGGGUUGGCAUUACGCGUAUUUUGGAUAUCGUCUUGAUGAACCAUGUUCAAGUUGA